AAAAAAAUCAUAGGACCUCGUCGUAUCGCACACAUUUUUCCAUCGGUUCAUAAAUUUCCAGCUUGCUGUCAGUAUGAAGCUUGCGUUCAAUAUUUCAUACAAGAAAUUAUUUGAUGUUAAAUGAGAUAGAAAUUCGUCAUUUUUUUUCUUGUCGGGUAUAAUUUCAAAUAUUUUGCUGAGCAGUAACCAUUCUUCGUUAAUAGUUUUCUUUGUUUUCGCAUGACGUCGCAAGCUGCCUCCAAUGAGCUAUAGGCUCUUUUUACGCUUAUGCGUUUUACAGUGUCCUUUUCAGGGCACUGAUUAACGCCGUUGUGGUAUGAGCUAUGAGCUCUCGUUGCGCUUAUGCGUUCAUUCCCUCUUCUAGGGCACCCCUUCCUAUUUCAUCACCUUUCCCUUCCCCAAUUCCCAUCCCUUGUCCCAUUCUCCCUCAGGUAAAUGAUGAAAUAGGCUCAUAUGUAUGGCGAUGGCACAAAUGUCCCAAAUGGAGGAUAACGUGCCUCUGGAGCCGGCCUUCUGAUACCUUCUGAUACCUGCGUUCAAUAUUUCAUACAAGAAAUUAUUUGAUGUUAAAUGAGAUAGAAAUUCGUCAUUUUUUUUCUUGUCGGGUAUAAUUUCAAAUAUUUUGCUGAGCAGUAACCAUUCUUCGUUAAUAGUUUUCUUUGUUUUCAUUGUUUUUUUUUUACAUUGAAAUGGAAAACAUAUAGGGUAUGAGUGCCAUAAGUAAUUUAACGCUCACCGGUGGCAUUAGCUCGUUGUUAACCCGUUAUUUGAAACACAUUUUAGUUAGAAACCCGAUCAUUGCAAAAUAUGACUAUUUAAUGCAUUUAAAAGGCACUCAAGUGCCAUAUAUGUGCUGUCAGUGCACACCGAUGCACGUUAGUGUCAAAGUUAUGUUACAAUUAGCGUAUGUCACUUGCUCGUUGCAAAGCAAAUAUGUUGCAACAGGUGAACGGCCGCUGUUGUAGAUGGUUUCCUAUGAAAAUAUAGCGACUGGUCGUUGGUUUUUUGGCUAUAUCUCCAAAACGGUAAGAGAUUCCAUUUUGGUGUCAAAGAACGAAAGGAAGAACAUUAGUUUUUGCGCUAGGACAAAUUUUGUUCAAAAUAAUCUAUGAUACAGACGGUACUUUUAACAGCAUUUUUAGACGUUUUUUCACCAUGGUGAAACAUUUUCUGAGAACUUGUUUUCUCAUUGUAUUUUUAUUGGAUUGCUGAGGUAAUUUGGCGUCAAUUUUACUAAAAAAGUUUGUUCUAUGAUGCAUAGUUUUUGAGAUAUGAUUUUUUGAAGUUCGGGGUAUUUUACAAAAUUUUGGAAAAUCGUGAAAUUUCAUCUAGCGUUUUUCGGGAAAAUAUUCCGCUAUGAUUUUUUUGAGUUCCAUAUAUGAUCAUAUAUCUACGACCUCUAGUCCUGGUGAAAUUUUCAUUGAAAUCGGAGACCCUUCGGCCCAAACCUGUUCGGUAAUAAAAAAAAUCCCCUGCUCCAAUUUUCAUCCUAUUGAAAACUAAGCUAUAGGCACUAUUUGUUUUGUUUUUAUAUUGUAUUUAAAGAACGGAAACAAUUUUUAAGAACCAAUCGUCUAUUUUUUUAGAAUAGUAUGAACAUGGGGCGUAGGCUGGAGAAGGCUGCACAUACCCUAAGCUCAAUUAAAAUUGUCAUCUGUUUAAAGAAAGGAAGAUAUUGUAAUACAAACUACAAAAUUCAAAUGAUAAAACCGUUUGCAUGAAUGAAAUAAACAAUGUUUAUUAAACAUGACCGACUGCGCAUGUUCAUACAAACAGAUGAACAACUUAUUCAUCAAACCCUACAUAAAACCACAGCGCUCUUUACUGGCGAAGUGAACGCUUGUUGUUUACGAACCAACAGGCAUAGUCCAAAGGAAAAUGAAAAACAUUUUCCCGAUUUUCCUUCACACAACCAUCGUUUCAAUCGCUUUGGCCUCUGACAGCCAUUGCUGCCAACCCAACGACCUUAAAACUGUGAAAUUCGUGCGUGCCAACUAAUGUUUUGCCUCUCAGUGCAUCGGAGUGCCCCAGAGUCAUACAUCUGCUCGUGUAGAGUUCGUCCACCAAUCCGGAUAGAAAUAAAAACAAUCAAAUUAUGCCUUCCAGCCGGCUUCACCGGGUGUUUUUGUACAGCUUUGCCAUCUGCCUAUUCGGUACCUUCGUGACAAUCGCCGCCAAAAUCUUCCCCAUUGCCAAUCUGCCUACGAGUACCAAUGUCAUCAUCAUCGGCACAUGUAUGGCUAAUUUGAUUUCCGUGGUGGCCCUGAUAAUUGGAAUCGUGGCGAAACGACCGGAGCUGGUGAAAGCCGUUAAAAUAUUCAGCUGGAUACAGUUGGGUGCCAUCUGUUUCCUGAUCGGGCUGGCACUGUUUUUGCUGUACGUGGUGAAGGUGGAUGUGGAGCACUACGACGAGCGGACCAAGAAGGAACUAUGAGGCGCCCAUGAGCAUUGAGCAGUGAGCAGUUCGGUGCUUUCCUCCGAAUGCAGAUUGAAGGCGAUAAACAGAUGAUCAGAAGACUCAAAUUUAAAACAACCAACCAAUGUGCGUGUUUGUGUGUAGAGUGACCCCUAUGUGAUUCAAUCGUAAUUAGAAUAAAUCAUGAAUGUAAAUACAAAACGAACUCAUUGCGAUAAUUUA